UAAGCCAUGGCCGGGUGGACUUGGAUCAACAAUACCAGAACAACCAUGACGGCCGUACAGACCAAUUCACAAAAUCCAAUCGAUCAAGUAAACCAAUACGCUACCUGAUUCGACCAUGUCGUCUCCACUCUACAUCGGUCUGGACAACAGCACGCAAGCCCUCAAAGCUGUCGUCAUCGACCAGCACUUGAACACGCUGUACGAACACCGACUGGACUUUGCCGACGACCUACCAGAAUACAAGACCAAGAGCGGGGUCAUCAUCGCUGACGAUGGAUCCGUCUUGGCACCCGUCUUGAUGUACGUCGAGGCGAUGGAGAAGGUGUUUGACAACCUGAAAUCACAGGGUCUCGACUUUUCGCGAGUCAAGGCGGUAUCUGGAGCGGCCGCUCAGCAUGCUAUCGUCCUCCUCAACUCCAAAUACCGAGCUGCCUCUGAGGGAUUAUCCUCGGACCAGUCCCUGAAGACUCAGCUGUCCGAUGUCUUUGCCUCCCCCUUCGCGACCAACUGGCAAGAUUCGACUACGACCAAACAAUGUCGAGAGAUGGAAACGGCGAUUCACCAAGUCGCAAACGGGUCGAGCCCUGGAGCGAGCAUGGCCCAAGUGACCGGCUCAUCGGCACACGAACGGUUCUCGGGACCUCAAUUGAAAAAGGUCUACCAGACCAACCGGGAGGUGUUUGACAAGACCGACCGGGUGUGCGUUUUGAGCGCCUUCUUGACGACGUUGCUGUGUGCCGAUGGAGAGGUGAAAGCGGUCGACGAGGCCGAUGCAUCUGGAGCGAAUUUGUACUCAAUUCCCGAUCGCAAAUGGAACCCGACCCUUCUCGGUUCUAUUGUAGGCGCCGAUACGGCCAACGACGAUGUCCAGCGUAUGAUGGGCGCCGUCGAGCGCGACCCGAGAAAGAGCGCUGGUAAAAUCGGAAAGUGGUUCCAGGACCGUUAUGGAUUCGCUUCAGACUGCGAGGUAGCCUACUUUACGGGUGACAACCCGGCUACCCUGCUCUCGUUUGCUUUGGUGCCGGGCGAUGCUGUGGUCUCGCUCGGAACCUCGGACACGGUUCUCCUGGCGACCGAAAAGUACAACCCCCAUCCGAAUUACCACAUCUUCCCCCAUCCUGCUGGCAACGACAAGAACGGCGGUGAGCGAUACAUGGGCAUGCUUUGCUACAAGAACGGAUCUUUGGCCCGAGAGAUGGUACGAGAUGGAAUCAACGGCUCGUCAACCAAAUCUUGGGACUCGUUCAACAGGGCGGUGCAAGACACCCCAGCGCCCAAGCUCGACUCGAAGGAGAAAGACGUCUUCGGUUUCUACUUCCGAGACCACGAGAUUAUCCCCCGGAACGUACAAGGACUGUACCGUUUCGACGCUGAAAUGGACAUGGAAUCGGAACCGCUCAACUUGAAGUCGCUCGACGCCGUACGCUGGUCCACAUCGGACGCCAAGAGGAUCUUGGAAUCGCAGUUCUUGAGCUUCAAGAGCAAGAUCAAUCAGCUCUUGCCUGCAGACUCGCCUAGCCUUCGACGCAUCUACGUCACUGGUGGCGCGAGCGCAAACCCCGUCAUCACAUCUCUGCUGAGUACCGUACUCAACGCUCCCAUCUAUGCGGGUGGCAGUGCCCAGGGAUGUGCUAUGGGUGGUGCUUACCGGGCGGCCUGGUGUCACGCCAGCAAGCAGGGCGGGGAUGUCGAGUUUGCCGAGUUUGUCAAGAACAGCAGGAACGCCAAGGAGACGGUCGAGGCCGAGGGCAGGGUCGUCGCUCAGCCUGACCGGGAUCUGGCCAAGGUCUAUGACGAUCUGUUAGAGUCCUGGAGAAAGGCAGAAGCACAGGUCAUUCAGGCUUGCGCAAAGUAGCUCCCCGGUCUUGGUCCAUUUCAUUUGCUGAUGUCUCGGAAAGGUUCUCAUACCCAUGAU